AUGAAAUUUGUAGGUUUUAAUACCAAAACUUUUGUGAAUUUCUUCGCUACAGUGGAUGAAAAAUCAGAUGCCUCCGAUUGGUAUUUCAAAGGAAAAAUCAUUUUCCGUAAAAACAAUUUCAAAGAAAUAAAAAGAUCAAAAAAUGGUAGUGGUGUUAGCCUACUCAAUAAGAUAAAAGAAUAUAUCGGUAUAAAUUGUUAUAUACCGAGUGAUGGAUGCUGUUUUGUAAAAUGCGUAAAUUAUGUUUUGAACAAAGACUACACGAGAGAAUUUCAAGAUUUCAUCAACAGUUUUCAAAAAUCAAACAGAAAAGGAGUUAUGACAUCUGCUAGAAUCUGCGAAUUCAAUAAGAAAUUUAAUACUAAUUUUCAAAUAUAUAUGCCCAAACAUAGACUUUUUCAACCAAAGAAAGUAACCGAAGAAUUAGAUUGGGUUUUUUAUUUACACAAAGAACAUUUCUGUUUGAUAAGAAGAAAUAACAAAGCUUUGGACAUUAAAGAAAUAGAAGAUAAUUACGAUGAAAACGUAUGGAGAACUUGUGAAGAUGAUAAUGCGGCAACGCAAGUUUCACUUCUAAAACUAAACGUUUUUCCAACCAUUCCCGAUUAUUGUUUAUACGCAUGGGAUUGCAAAACCUAUUGCGAAAAAGAAACGAAUAAAGCCAUUCCUUAUUGUUGUACUUUAGUCAAUUUGGAAAAACUGAGGAAAAGAUUAGAUGAUUAUAAUAAUUACUUACGUGAUUUAAGUGAUUUUAAUGAGACUCUAGAUUUUAAGCCGUCAGAUCCCAUUUCAGAAGAAUUUUACAACAAACUGAUGACUAAUAUAGUAGAAAUAUUUGUAGGUACAGAUUGUAUAGAUCAAAUGUUACAACGUUUAGGAAAAAAAAAAUGGAAAAGACAGAAUAUUAAUUUCACAUGUUCCUAUCAACACGAAUCAUCUAGUUUGGCAGCAUGGGGAAAAUCAUCUAAUCUACCAAUGAAUUUGAGAAAGAUCGAGGAUGUUAAUAUUGCAAAAUACAUUAAAGAUAAUUGGGAAUCUUUAAGACACGAAUGGGAACCUUACGCUAAAAGAGAUACUCUAUGUCUCGGAGCUUGUUUGAUAAAAUACAAUCAAGCCAUGAAAAAAACUGUCUUCCAAAACGUUUCCAAUAAUCUAACGGCUCCUUCUUUAUCUUUAAAGGACAAAGUAUUAAAGGAGGAAGAGUUUCGGCAAAUCGAAAAACAAAACGUAGAAAAAGUUUACUCGCAUACUCACCCUUUUAUAAGAUAUUUUAUCAGACAAAGUAUUAAAGGAGGAAGAGUUUCGGCAAAUCGAAAAUCAUUUGAAACGAAUAAAAUGGAUGAGAUCUGCGCCAUAUUAAAAGAAUACAAUGAAAGUGACACUGAAGGAAUAAUAGAUUUAUUCAAAGAAUACAGUGUUAACCCAAAAGAUAAAACGGAAGUUCACACUAAACUCAAAGAACUGAACUAUUCUAAACUAAUGGCAUUUGAUGCUAAUGGGUUGUACGCUUCAGCCAUGACAGAAGCUAAAGAUAAAAUAACUUUUACGAAUAGAAUAGGUCAGAAGGAAACUGGCACUAAAAUCAGGUUCAGAAAUGGUUUCUGUCACGACGUUUUAACAUCAGUUGAUAUUCAAGAAAUAGUGAAAUCAGGUGGUAAAAUUAUUAGAAUAUUAGAUGGUAGAGUAUACAAAGAAAAUUUUAAAACUCCACCAUACAGAGAUUAUAUUUUAAUUUUGAAGGAAUUAAGGAAUAAAUACAAAAAAGAAGGAGAUAUGGUUGCUAGUAAUUGCAUGAAAUUAUUAGGUAAUUCCUUAUACGGUAAAUCUAUUCAAAAGGAUAUAAAUACAUCGAGACAUCUAUGGAGUGAAGCGACUUUUAAAGCCAACUUCGAUUCACACGUCAAAAGCUAUGAAAAAGUAAAUGAUAGUCAAUAUAUAGUUGAGAUGAAUGAAGAAGAAAAAGAGUUUGUUCCUCCAAAGGAUUUUACUAGAUUAACACCCACUCAUUUAGGUGCAUUUAUAUUAUCUCACAGUAAAAAAAUAAUGAACAAUUUCAUUCACGUCAUAGAUGGAUUUUAUAAGCCGGAAAUAUACUAUACAGAUACUGAUAGUUUAUACAUUUCGUCUAGCAAAUGGGAUAAAUUAAAUGAAGCUGGGUUGGUGUCUGAAAACGAGUAUAGCAAAGGGAAGAAUGAUUACGGUGAUGGUGGAAUCAUAUUUGGUUUAUAUUUAGCGCCAAAAGUAAAAUACAAUAUCAUUCUAACUUCCGAUGGUGUUUGA